AUGAGUGGCAAGCUCGGCGUGCUCGUGCUCGCGCUGCUGGCGGCGGCGCGUGCGCAGAACCAGAGGAACGACGAGCCGCGCUUCCUGUCGCGAGGACACUCCUUCAGGACGGUGGUUGGAGACACCUUACUGCUGCCAUGCCAGGUGCAGAACUUAGGUUCUCUGGUGCUGCUCUGGAGACGAGGGCCGGCGGUGCUGACGGCAGCCAGCCUCAUGGUGACCAGGGACGAGAGGUUCCGCCUGGUUGACGGUUACAACCUGCAGAUCACUGACGUUGGCCCACAGGACGCAGGUGAUUACGUCUGCCAGAUCUCGGACCGCGUCGCCCGCGAUCAGGUGCACACGGUGGAGGUGCUGGUGCCUCCGUCAGUGCGGGCCUCGCCGGAGUCCGGGCACUGCGCGGCGAGGAGGGGCGGAGUCGCCGUGCUGGAGUGCCGCGCCGCCGGGAACCCCGUGCCCACCACCACGUGGAGGAAGCUGACCAACCCUGUUCCCUUCCAGAACGACUCGUCGGUAAGGCUGGGGGAAGGCCCCCAGCUGCAGCUGUCUCGGCUGGAGCGCCACCACAGCGGCAAAUACGCGUGCACUGUCGACAACGGAGUGGGUCCCCCUGUUGUCACGGAGUUCACUGUUCAAGUGCUAUUCCCACCGGAGAUAACGGUGGAGAGGUCGUGGGUGCAUACUGGAGAGGGGUUCAGAGCAGAGCUACUGUGUACGGUGCUCGCCGAUCCACCGGCGGAGGUGUCAUGGUAUCAGAAUUCGUUUCCUCUGAGUGCGUCAGAGCGCAUCACCAUGUCUGCGCGUGGCAACAACCAUACACUGCUCAUAGCCAAUGUUCAGCCGGAGGACUUUGGCAACUACAGUUGUGUAGCAGACAACAGCCUUGGUCGCGCGCGGCAGCACGUCGAGGUGUCGGGGCGGCCGGGUCCCGCUCGGUUCACCUCCCCGCCGCUCGCGCGCAGACCGCACUCAUACACACUGUCGUUUGCUGUGGACAGCUACCCACCGCUGGACGAGCUGCGACUGCUUUACAGGCAGUUGGCGAUAAACGAAUCGUUCCAACAGCCGGGCCGCUGGCACGACGUGGUGAUCCCUGCGCCCGCGCCGGCGGGGUCAUUGACUCACAAGGUUGCGCACGAGUUGCGCGGCCUGGAGGCCGGCGCGGUCUACGAAGCUAUAGUGCAGGCUAAGAAUAGAUACGGGUGGAAUGAGGUGAGUGACAUAUUCCAGUUCCACACACUGGGAGGGAUGCACACAGUUCACGCCGACGAACUCACACCAAUGUUCGCGUCCAGCGCCAGGCACAAACUGAGCACGACCGUUGCCGCGCUCGCCUUAUACACUCUAGCGCGACCCUGAUUGGCCGACCGCCAACCAAUCAAAUAAGAGAAAGGAAAAGCGCGCGCAAACAUUCCAUUUUCGAAUUUUGUAUUUGUAAUCGACGUUUAGGGUUUUGAUAAUUAUUAUUUUUUUAAAUUUUAUUUCU